AACCCCUUCGACCUCAGUGCAUGCUGCGAUCCUGUUUACCAGGCCCACCAAUGAAAAAGCGAUGGUACCACCGCCCGACCCUGAACAGGUUACCCAUCCUUUCUACGUAGCACGUCAAGCUACUGUGAUCGGAGGAGCUGCUGCCGUCCCGGGUGUUAUCGUCGGCGCACUAGGUGGAACAAUCCGCACCCAAACCCCUGUUCUCUUUGCCUUUGCCUCCGGUCUCCAAUGGUUUGCCAGUGGCACCAUAUUCUGGGGGGUGCGGACCUCCAUCCUCCAUUCUGACGGUCUACGGAACUGGUGGGCUAUCACUCGCAAUUUACCUACCACCCCUCGAAAUGACCUUUCGCCGACGUUAGAUGACCGAGUCCGCGCAAGCACCAUAUCUGGCGCUGUCACUGGAGCUCUGUUAGCGUCUCUCAUCCGUGGCCCAAGAAAUAUCAUUCCAGGUACCAUGAUGUUUACCUUAUUUGGGUUCGGCGGCCAGCAUGCGUAUAAUUAUCUCGAUCGGCGGAACACCAAGGAGAUACACAAACGGGCAGAGGAGAGGAAAGAUGGGGUCCAUGAGAAAGACAAUUGGUUGCAACGGUUUGCAAAGACAAAAUGGAGUCCAAUGACAGUUCUCACAGAUGAACAAUAUGAGCAGAGGCUUAGCGAGCAGCUUCUUCGCUUGGAAGCGGAGAUCGCACUCGUUGAUGAGAGGAUUGAGGAGUUCCGGAAGAAGCAAAAAGAGCAGGAGGUACAAUCUCGGACGCAGACUAAGAAUGAAGAGGCCAAAUGAACACGCUCCAUACUAGCUGGUCCCAAACUACUGGAACAUUGUACUACGUCAAACCGUGAAGGGGAACUGGUUCAAGGAGCGUUCAACUUCACUGGACGAUUAUCACGCUAAAGGCUGGUGAUGACAAAACUCCAAUUUUCUGGAUAUCAUUCAAUUCGAAAAGGCUCCAGCUCAGUAAUUUAUCAUUCACGCCAUCAAAUAUCCAUGUGGUCCAUUUCUCAAUUUCAAAGAUUUGGCAAAGUAGUAGCCGU